AUGGCUGAACUUUUCGACUUCGAGCUUUUGGACUCUGCGGAGGAUUUUGUGAUCCUGGGAGAGGAUCCCAUGGAGCAGGAGGUGGCAGCCGCUGAGACUGCCCAGAUUGCCGCUGAUCAAGAUGAGAUGGCCAUUUUGGCCGACUACGUGAUCCCCGCGGACACGACCCCCGCUGACCUGGAGCGGGACUUGGAGGCGAUGGUGAGUGGCAUCACCUCUCUCUCCUUGCAGGCCUGUGCGGAGGCCUCUGCUGGACUUGCGAGCCCUACCUUGGCUCCUCCUCCUACGGCAUCUUCCAUGGCUGAGGAUCCAAAGGCGGUGCCAAGCAGCCGCAAACGCCCCUUGGAUCAGGCGGACGACGCGGGAGUCCCGGCAGGUGCCCCUGGCCCUGAUACUGGGAUUCCGUCAGCGAAUCCCUCUGAAACUGGUGCCUUGGAGGGGGGUGACCAUUCGAGAGACUCGGCAGGUGCUUCACGCCCUGACACCGAGACUCAACAGGAUGUGUCAUCCUCCCCUGUACCGGCCUCAGGGGCUUUGUCGCUGCUGGGCAAGCAGCUGCCGCCGGUGCCUUCCUCGACUUUGCGGACGAGCGUGGACACUGAGGUACCGAUGGAGCAGCGCUUGCAGGAUCCUGUGACCUACUCCUUCGCCCAGGACGGGAACAUCCUUCUGACCAAUGUCAUGGCUGGCCUUCCCUGCCUCCCGAAGAAACUGCCGCAGCCGCUGCGGAGCAUCCAGGUGGGGGAGAUCGUUGAGCUUUGCCUCAAGUUCGACGUGACCAAGCUCACCCCGCCGGCCUUUGCUCGCAUUGUUGAGGUCUAUGCCAUCGCCAAGGCCAAGCACUUGGUGCAGGAGAUUUGGGAGGCCAAGCACUUGCCCAAAGGGGCACGCUCCAUGGAGAAGCUGACGACCCUCCCGGAGGUGGAGGACAAGCUGCCCUACAUGUGCGCCAGCUGCUUCACGAGCUGGAUCUUGCCGGCCGCCAAGAAGUGCCUCCACUGUGGCUCUAUGGAGGGGAAGGUUCCGACGGCUCUGCCCUCAGCCUCGGUGACUGUGGAUGGCGUCACUUGGACCAUGACCUUUGACGCGGACAAGCAGCUCUGUUGGCAGUCAGAUGCCCCCGAUUUGGGGGACACCCAGAAGUCCCUUUGCUCGGUGGAGGUUAGCAGCCUUGGUCAGAAGCCUCCCAUGGUGGGGGCCACCCCGAGUGAGGUCACCUUCAGUGAAUUGGUGAGCGACUCAAGCCGCAUGACCCUCCGCCAGGAGGUCUUGAAGAGAGGGACGAUGAGGUCUUCCACAAGGAGGUCUCCAAGAAGCCCCAGGGUGAUGGACCACGACCCGGGCCAGGAGACCGUCACUUUCCACCCCACCAACGUGAAGGCGAUGCGACUGGUCUCGGAGCUUGGGCAGGCGGAACGCCGUGAGAAAAAGGAGGCGCAUGGAGCAGCGGUUCUCAGGCGCCUGGACGUUGAGAAGUUCCGCUCCUUCCUCAAGCGCAAGUGGCAGGAUGAGAAGGGGCAGCCUCAGGACGCCCUCCUCGCAUCCCAAACCACAUUGGAGCGGAAGCAGAAGCGCAAGCUGGAGCUCCUCCUCCCCACCUAUGACACCAUCAGCGUGUGGCCGGAGAAGGCCUACCUGCGCACCAGGGAGCUCAUCAAGCAGGGUACCAGCCCCUACCAGCCGCGGCUCUUGGAGGAGAUUGUGGACUGCCCCCUCAACAUGCAGUUCAUGGAGUACCAGGACGAAACCCCCACAGGUGCCUCAGGCCCUGAUAUGGGGGGUUCAGCUGCCUCGGGCUCCAAGUUGGCCAUGAUCCAUGCCAUGCUGGGCUACCACAAGGGCGAGGUCCGUGCCUAUGGUGGGCAAUGGACGACGGCGCCGGGCCCAAUGGUUGUUCCGGAAUGGGCUUCCAAGAAGGUCGACGCGGAGGCGGUCUGGGCCUUGGAGCGUCGCACACACCCCUACAACCUGAACGUCCGCUGGGGCGACCUGGUGGUGUACACCUCGCAGGAUUGA